AUGGAAGUGGGAAUUGCUGAAUGGAAGUUAUCCCUUGUUGGACAAUUCCUCGGUCCAGCACCCAACUUCGCGACGAUGCAGAGGAUUGUUGACAAUUUGUGGGCAAAGGCUUCGCAUAGCUCUCGAAUUCAGGUCAGUCUAGCAAGCUCAAACCUUUACAUUUUCUCUUUUGCUACUGAAUCUGCUAGAGAUUGGGUCCUUGAAAACGGACCAUGGCAUAUUAUAAACAAACCUCUGAUUUUAAGAAAAUGGGAACCUAGCUUAAAGCGUUUAAACUUCGACCUCUCAAAAAUCCCAAUUUGGGUACACCUUUACAACGUCCCUCUGGAACUUUUCUCACAAGCUGGACUAAGUUACUUAGCUAGUGGAGUAGGGAUACCCAUUUCCAUGGAUUCGGUUACAACCUCUAAAACCAUGCUUGAAUUCGCAAAGGUUUGUGUUGAGAUCGGUGUAAAUGAUGAAAUUCCAAAAUCUAUUGAUGUUAUGCUUCAGGAUGGUCAAACGUCUUCUGUUUUUGUUGAAAUUCCCUGGCUUCCCCCUCGAUGUAAGAAAUGUUUAAUUUUUGGUCAUAAUGACAAAAAUUGCUUGGCCAAACUUCUCCUGCUCCAGCCCCUAACCAAGUUUGGAAAAAAGAAGGAAAUUUCAUGUUCUACUUCCACCCAGAUAGAAAUGGAGAAUGUACAAGCUCAUGACAACCUUAAUGCUCAAUCUAAGGAAACUCCCCAAGCUUCUAAUCACCUUACUGAUCCUCAAUGUUCUGAAAUAUAUGUCUUGCCUCUUGAUAACAACCUACCUAGCUCUGUUACUUCUGAUAAGAGUAAUUCAAUUGAUGUUGGACAUAGCAGCGUUAUUCUUACUGAUCUUCCAGUUAACACAUAUGAUGCAAAUCAGUCCUUUUCUAAUGAUCCUCAUUUAUCAAAAGAUGAUGGAUCCUCUGUACCUAAACGUGGAAGAGGUAGGCCACACAAAGAAAAAAAUGGUUUUACUGGAUCUAGGAACAGAUUUGAUCUCCUAAAUACGAUUGAUGAAGCCUCUCCUAUUCAAGAAGUCCCACAAAGGAAAAACAGAAUUGCUUCUAUGGGAGUUGCUGAAUUGGUAAAAGACCUCAAACAGAAAAAGAGAGACAAACUAGAUAAGGUCAAAAGUAUAAAAGUUGGGGGUGAAGGAACCACCUUGGAACUCAACCCUCAAUGA